AUGUCUGGGGACAACGUAAUCGAAGUAAAUUCUCUGGAUCACUGGAUUGAACAAUUGUUCGAAUGUCAGCAGCUUUCAGAAGGCAUUGUAAAAACCUUAGGUCCAGUGACCGUUUGCGGUGAUGUUCAUGGGCAGUUUCAUGACAUGAUGGAGCUGUUCCGCAUCGGUGGGAAGCCACCAGAUACAAACUACCUCUUUAUGGGUGAUUACGUUGAUCGUGGGUAUUAUUCUGUGGAGAGCGUAACUUUGCUGAUCGCCCUUAAAGUGAGAUACCCUAGUCGUGUCACAGUUCUCCGCGGGAAUCAUGAAAGCCGACAAAUCACUCAGGUUUAUGGAUUCUAUGACGAGUGUCUGCGCAAGUACGGAAACGCAAAUGUUUGGAAGUACUUUACCGAUCUUUUUGAUUACUUGCCCCUCACUGCGCUGAUCGAUGAGCAAAUUUUUUGCUUGCAUGGGGGUCUUUCUCCAUCAAUUGAUACUCUGGAUCAUAUCCGAGCGCUUGAUCGUAUCCAGGAGGUGCCUCACGAAGGUCCCAUGUGCGAUCUUCUGUGGUCCGAUCCCGACGACCGCGCUGGUUGGGGGAUUAGUCCACGUGGCGCAGGAUACACUUUCGGAGAGGAUAUUUCCGAAAAUUUCAAUCACACUAACCACCUCCAAUUGAUUAGUCGUGCCCACCAACUUGUCAUGGAGGGCUAUAACUGGUCGCACAGUGAACAUGUGGUUACGAUUUUUAGCGCCCCCAACUACUGCUACCGGUGUGGCAACCAGGCCGCCAUCAUGGAAGUUGACGAAGGAAUGCACAAGAUUUUCUUAAAGUAUGAUCCGGCGCCCAGACGCGGUGAGCCGCAUGUGUCGCGCCGAACUCCUGACUACUUCCUCUAA